AUGUUGUGGGAAAAAGGUUUAGUGGAAGUCGACGAGUCCUGGAUGCAACGUCAGGGUGUUCAUCCAGGACGUGGGCAUCGUGGUGUUGUACAGAACAGCCAACCCAUCCGCGAUGUUGUUGAAGUAGGGUUUGCUGACGUCGUCGCCGGCCUGAGUGUAACUUCCGUACCCAUCGACUGCUGGACCUGCGACCCAACUUCCGAGCCCGGUCAAGUAGCUUCUGGGCAGUUUUGCACCGACCAAAGAUCGAUCUACGGCGAGCCAGGCACCUGCGCUGGUCUUCGCACUACUGCUUCUGGCAAUGGCGCUUUUCGAAGAGAUCUGAGGCCAAGUGUAAGGAUCUUGACUCGAGGUUCUCGCGAGGUUGGAUUGGAUCCACGUGGCGAUGUGAAUGUUGACCCACGGACGGAAGAGAUCGUCGGUGGUGAGUCCGGAGACUUGCAACGUUUUGCCGGUGUUCCAAUCGAGCAAGGGACCUGCAUCCGCCCAUGUCGAAGUGUUGUCCCUUCCGAGCCAAGAAAAAGUGUUGUUGUCGACGGUGACGUGUUGUUUGAACAAGUUCAACUCUCCACUUCCGAAAGGCGAGACUUGCAUCAAGCCCCAACUAGAUCCGCUGUCGAGUCUCCCACCGGAAACGACGGUGGGAUCGAAAUCGGAUUCUGCUUUGAUGUCCGCCAUGAUCACUCGCGCUGCAUCGCGUGUAGACAGCUCGGGGAAGUAGCGGGACGAGGCGGACAAGAUGGCUGCUGUGGUUUCGUCGAGCAAGGCGCGGGUGGAGAGUUGACCGAGAUCCGAGGCCCAACUACGGAUGACGUGAAGAUCGUGUCGGACUUCAUUGGGUCCGUAGUUGGCGGUGUUGGAGAAGAGUGUGAUGUUGGACCGACCGGUGGCGAUAAUGUAUUGUUUAGGAAGGGUGGACUUGAGUGCAGGCGAGGAGGCGGAAGAGGUGGAAGAGUUUGA